UGGGGGGGCUUCUGAAUAGGGACAGCAGCAGACCAAGGCCGGGACCACCGCAGCGAGUCCCUGGACGCACCCCGUCCUAUGGCUCCAAGGCAGGCGGAUCUCACCCCAGCCUGCACGCUGCUCACCCAGAACUGGGUUCCCAGGCCGCCCAGCCUUAAAGCUGCCCGCGCGGCGCGCAGGAGGUCUGGGCUGCAACUCACCUCGGAACUGGGGCGCCAAUCUUCGGUAGGCAGGGCGUUCUUCCCCCCGCACGGUGACAUCAUUUGUUUGGGGCUGAGUCUCCCUAUAAAAGCAGCCUCGGGGAGCCGAGAGCCCGAAGAGCAAACCUGCUCGCCACGGCGCUCGGGCUGCGCGCACACCAUCCCUGCGCGCGCCCCGGGGCUGGGAGAGCCGCGCGAGAGGGAGCGGGAGCCGCCGGGGCAGGUCCCGGAGCGCCCCCCUGAGAUGUCCCACCUGCCCGCGGCCGCGGUCCUCCUGCUGGUCAUCUUAAAGGAACAGCCUUCCAGCCCAGCCGCAGUGAACGGAUCCAAGUGGACCUAUUUUGGUCCCGAUGGGGAGAAGAGCUGGUCCAAGAAGUACCCUUCUUGUGGGGGCUUGCUGCAGUCUCCGAUAGAUCUUCACGGCGACAUCCUUCAGUAUGAUGCCAGCCUGGCGCCCCUCAAGUUCCAAGGCUACAACACAUCUGCCGAUGAGCAGUUCGUCCUGACCAACAAUGGCCAUUCAGUGACAUUAAGCCUGUCCCCAGACAUGUACAUCCAGGGCCUCCAGUCCCGCUACCGUGCCACGCAGCUGCACCUGCACUGGGGCAAUGAGAAGGACCCCCAUGGCUCCGAGCACACUGUUGGUGGGAAGCACUUUGCUGCUGAGCUGCACAUUGUCCAUUAUAACUCAGACCUGUACACUGAUGCCAGCACUGCCAGUAACAAGUCCGACGGCCUCGCUGUCCUAGCUGUUCUUAUUGAGAUGGGCUCCUUCAGUUCAUCAUAUGACAAGAUCUUCAGUCACCUUCAAGAGGUAAAAUACAAAGGCCAGGAAGUGCACAUUCCGGGUUUCAACAUUGAAGAGCUGCUUCCUGAGAAGCCUGAGGAGUACUACCGCUACAAAGGGUCCCUGACCACACCUCCUUGCCACCCCACUGUGCUCUGGACGGUUUUCCGGAAACCUGUACAAAUUUCCCCGGAUCAGCUGCGAGCUUUGGAGACAGACCUGUACUGCACACGCGUGGGUGACCCUUCCCCGAGAGAACUGGUCAACAACUUCCGGCAGGUCCAGAAGUUUGAUGAAAGGCUGGUGUACGUCUCCUUCCAACAAGUGCAAGACUUCACCUACACAGGACUGAGUCUGGGCAUCAUCCUCUCGGUGGCCCUGGCUGGUGGUCUUGGCAUCUGCAUUGUCCUGGCAGUGUCCUUCUGGCUUUUUAGAAGAAAGAAGAGCAAAAAAGGUGACAACAAGGGAGUCAUUUACAAACCAGCCAUCAAGAAGGAGACUGAGGCCCACGCCUGAUGUCCCUGGCACUCCAAGGAAAGACCUUGCUUUGGACACUACAUACUUUGGCUCUUGGAUACUUGAAACACCUGAGGGUGUUCUCUGGCGCUCAACAUGCAAAUGCCCCAGAUUCUCUGGGGGCCUCUAACUGGGCACACUGACAGCCUGGUGCCACGGUCAUCCUCAGUGUGAUCAGUGGCUAGGAAGAGUUCUGGGGUCAGGAAGCAGGAAUUCUGAGCUGUUUGCUACAUCUGUGUGAGAUCAUUAAGUGGUCUGGAUUCUGGGAUCUCAAACCGAGCCACCUGCUGUUAUUGGUGGAGAAACACAUUCAUCCAGGGAUUCACUCAAGUGCAGUUUCAAGUGUCCUGGAAAUUCUGCUUAUUUUCCAACCUUUGGAGACCAGAAUGUGCUUAGGUUUUGCUUUUAAAACUCAGUUUCUUUUCUCAGGGGAGGGCUGUCCUCCUUUGAUUUCCUUCUGCUCUGACAAAAUGUUUAGUCUGACCUCACAAGUUGUAGAAAGAGUUGAUAUAAAGAAGGAUCAAGUUGUCAGAGGCAAAAAGAAAACAAGAGACAUACUUUGUAGUAUAUCAGGGGCGUUUUCAAAGUUCUGUCCUUUGGGUCAGAGGCAUUGAAUGGACCCUAGAGAAAGGCUGUUUCAAGUUUCAUUUCUUGGCGGGGAUGGGAAAGACAGGGGCAUGAGAAUACAGGUAUGGACUGGGAGAGUCUCACUUUGGAAUAGGUAAUUUUAUUUAAGUAGUUGGCCACACCAUAAAUGGGAGAAGGACAGAUUAUUAAGCCCAGACCCAACCUCCUGUCAGUGGAGCAGUUACAUUUUAUACUCUACAGAUUUUAUAAAUGACUAUGCUUUUCUCCUAAAAUGUGUUGCUGCUUUCUCUCCUAAGUAGAAGUGAGUUCUGAGAUGACACAAACUGCUCUGAAUCUGGAGGAGAUGGGCAAAAGCAAAAUGAUUAUCAAGCUUUGUCUCUUUUGCCCAAAUUUCGCUUCCAGCCACCUCUGCAAUGUCUCUACUGUUAACCUGGAGUUGGGACUUUUCUUCUCUGACUUUGAGGAUGAAAAUCCAUGGUUCAGCUAAAUACAUGUUCAAGCUAUAAAAGCAGGAAGUUAUCUGUGCAGGGACUGACACCAUUGUGGUAUUUAAGGACCAAUCAUAAUGGAAUACAGAGAUGCUUCAUGUUCUGCCCCCCUGUUCACAGAGACAAUUUCUGGGAAGACUUAACUCCUUCAUUUUCCUCCAAUAGAAGUGAUAGCUGUAUGGAGUUCAGUUAGUUCUACCACCAAGCCCUAUUUGCUAGCACCUUGCAGUUCAAGAGAACUAUCUGAUUCAUAAUCUCAUUUUGACAGCAUGGAAUGUCCUCUUGAAGCACAGGUUUCUUUAUAACAUCUUUUUCCAUCUACUUCUCCCUCCAAGUCUGAUAUAUGGAUGCUGAGAAUUUCCUCUCCUGUGCACUGUCACAACUCUUCAUAGUGAUGCCAAGACCACUGUAGCCUGAUGUGCUAGGCAGCAUUGCAAGUCAUCUAAUGGAGGGUUCAGACGUGUGUGUGAAUGAGACUUUGGACAGUCUUGGAGCUCGGUGGGGCUUCCCAGCCCUGCCUUUAGUA